CUCAAGGUUGGAGUGUAACGUGUGAAUUGUUGUUAACAGAUCAGGGGUACAAAAUCAUUGCUUGUUGCUUCUCAAACAAAGACUAAGCUAUCAUAUUUAUUUGUGUAUUUUACUCCUUCAAUCUGGAAAAAAAAAAAAAAAGAAUUGCUUGAAUAUGUAUUUUGUCUCUCAUUUUUUUUAACUUCCGAAUAUUUUCCAGCACAGUAUAUGUUAGAAUGAUAAUAUCCAGGAGUAGGACCAAUCAGCAGGAGAAAAAACAAUCUUGCCAUUGAAUGGCAUAUAUACAAGAUAAGGUAGAUAUUGCCUUUCAAGUUGAAGAAGAUCUUUAGGCUUUCAAGUUGGAAUCACAUAACAAUGGUCAUUUGAAACAUGGCUUGUUAUUACUCCUCCAGUUCUUUAUCGUAUGCUUGGAAGAAGAGAUGCCCACAGAAUUUGUUUGGCUGGAAUUUUGGAAGCAACAACAACAAGAACUCCAGCAGCAAAUCACUGCCCAAGUAUCACGACAUUGAUCUUCCAUUCCCAACUUCCUUAAUUAGCCAAACAUUUUUAAAGGGCAAGGAGCUUAGGUGUUGCUAUAAGGCUACAGUUGAUGGAUUCAGUGCAACUGAUUUUCACAACUGCAGUGAUUUUAAAGGACCUUGUGUGAUAAUUGGCUACACAGAUGAAGGGUUCAAGUUUGGAGCUUUUAAUCCAGAAGGAUACAGAAGUACAGAUGAUUACUAUGAUUCUUUUGAUGCUUUCUUAUUUUAUUGGACUGGAAAAGAAGAUGAUGAUCAUCAGGGAGAAGAACCAAUAAAAUUAGGCAAAGUUGGGGGUAGUGGGGCUGCACUUUUCGAUUAUGCUCGAGGAGGGCCACAAUUUGGUGCUGAUGGAUUGCUCAUUGGACCUCCUCUGGCUCCUGUAAUGGGAGGUUUUGCAGGGCCUGAUACAAAUUCAGGGGUUGGUGAUCUAAGGCAAGCUAAAUCCAGAUUGGGAUUGUCUUAUGCUAAAAGGGCUGAUGGGAAAGAAUCUUUGUUUGGGGAUGAAUCUAAAGCCACUCUCGAUGAAGUUUUAGUGUUCUGUAGCCCCCAGAUUGCUAGCUUGUACUAAACUAACUCAUAUUGUUUACUGUGAUUUCAUGUAGUAAUCUGUUCUAAGUGAAAAGUUAAAGCCUAACUCUGUAUCUUGUUUGAUUAGUUGAGGGAUUGAAACUCAUCAGCUUUCAAGGUGUUUGUUUAAUUCUAUGAAGUUGUUUGCACAAUUUUCGUCCUAGAAGAAUCAAA